AUGAAUGGGUGUAUCCUGAUUGGGACCUUGGAUGGGGCAAAUGUUGAAAUACGGCAAGAAGUUGGAGAAGACAACUUUUUCCUCUUUCGUGCUAAAGCUCAUGAAAUUGCAGGACUUAGGAAAGAAAGGUCUGAGGGCAAGGGAUUUGUGCUAGACCCACAUUUUGAGGAAGUCAAGGAAUUUGUCAGAAGUGGAGUUUUUGGGCCUUAUAACUAUGAUGAACUGAUUGGAUCACUGGAAGGAAAUGAAGGCUUUGGCCGAGCCAAUUAUUUCUUAGGGGGCAAGGACUUCCCUAGUUACAUUGAGUGCCAAGAGAAGGUAGAUGAGCUGAUUAUUUCUUAG